UUCAGGGACACAUUUUUUAAAAAGAAAGAAAAUUAGAUUACCUUAUAUUCAGCUUUUUGAAUAUUAACAGAUUUUGCUAUUCUGAAUCAAGUGAUUGUUUUCAUGUGCCAGACGUUUUGCAGUUUUUUGGGGGAUUUGGAUCUGAUGGUCAAUGAGACUCGACCAGAAGAAAACUGAAGAUUUGUGCUUUGCCUUUGGACAAAGUUGGGGGACAUUUUGGUGGCUUGCGGGGUUCUGACCCUUUAGCUUUGUGUUUCUGUAUGACUGGCUGAAGGUUUGGACAGGCUUUGUUUUAGCUGAGUGAUCUUAAACGUAAAUUGGAAUUUAGGCAACUGAAAUCCCGAUCAGGGACGUCCGUUCCGUCCCCGAAAACCGGAAUGAUGCACUGCAGAGGAAAAGACUGACUUGGGGUUUAGUUUACUAGACUGUGUAAUAUUUUCCCAUUGAUUCACGGAAUGAAAAAGGGGCUAAGAGCCUCGCUUUCCCCGCGCUGCUCCCCCUCUUCCCGAAAAGCGGAUCUGCGCUGCUGCUUGCGGCCGAGACGCACAGAAGCCUCCAUCACCGGAAAGGAAUGCAGAAAACUAUGUAAAAGUUUCCGAGUGUGUGUGUGUGUGUGUCUUCCAGCACAUUGAGAGGUUGCACAUCAUUUUUUUGGCCCGGCUGGAUGUCGUAAGAGCCCGCGGCGGGGCAGGCAGAGCUGGGAGCAGCCCCCCUGUUAAGUAGCAGAUUGUGUGGCGAGUCUUCCCACUUGGAAAGAGACUCGCCGACGCGUCUGGGAACCAAAACCCCGCGGAGCUCUCUGACUGAACACCGGACCACCCCACUCUCCCUUUUCUCAGCUUCAUUCAUGUGCUGCUGAGCCGGAGGAGCUGAAGAUGAAGAGCAGGCUGUCUCUGGCGGCUGCCCUCCUGGCACUGCUGCUGCUGUCCUCCUCUCAGGCCCAGAAUCAAGUCAACCCUCCAUCCGAUUUGAGGUUUAAGAUUUUAAAUGAAAACACAGUGCAAAUGAUCUGGAGCAGACCGCAGUCGAGGAUACAGGGCUACAGAAUACAAGUGACCUCAGACACAGGAGAACCAACUAAAGAAUUUACUCUGCCUGCAUCUGCGACUAAGACCUCCAUCUCAGACCUGAGUGCAGAUGUGGAUUAUGUUGUAACGAUAUCUGCGUUUGCUGGAUCAGAGCAGAGUCGGCCAAUCUCCGGCCAGAUUACACUUGAGUCAAGUGGCAGCACGAGCGGAACCUCCAGGAAACCAGACGCUUCCGAUUCAGUCAAAUGCUCUUUGAGCGCCAUCGCCGACGUGGUGUUCCUGGUGGACGGCUCCUGGAGCGUAGGCAGGCCCAACUUCAAAUACAUCCGUAACUUUAUCUCAGCAACCGCCAGCGCCUUUCAGAUUGGAGAGGACAAAACCCGGGUGGGCGUGGUUCAGUACAGCAGCGACACACGAACAGAGUUCAACCUGAACACACACCUGACCCGACCGGCACUUCUGCGAGCCAUCGGUUCGCUGCCGUACAAAGGAGGAGACACCAGGACAGGCGAUGCCCUCAACUACCUCCUGACCAACACUUUCACCGAGGCGGCAGGCGCCAGGAAGGGUUUUCCCACAGUGCUGGUGAUCAUCACAGAUGGCAAGUCUGAGGAUUCGGUGGCGAGUUAUGCCAAGCAGCUCAGGAACAGGGGGGUGGAGAUCUUUGUCCUCGGUGUGCAACAGGCCGAUGAAGAGGAGAUGAAGCUGAUGGCCUCCACACCUCACAGAAAUCACAUCUACAGUGUCGCCAACUUUAACGUGAUCAAGAAUGUGCAGAAAAAGUUCAUUACUCAGGUGUGCGCCGGUGUGGACAAUCAACUCAGCUCACUCGCCAGCGGAGAAGAAGCCGUUGAGCCAGCCUCUAACCUCCAAGUCCUGGAGGUGGCCUCAAAGUCCAUACGGGUGACCUGGGAAGCCUCCAUCGGAGAGAUUUCAGGAUACAGGGUGCAGAUGAUCCCCAUGCUGGCCGGCAGCAAGCGGCAGGAGCUGUACGUGGGCGUGGGCCAGACCUCGGCGAUAGUCGGAGAUCUGUCUCCAGAUGUAGAGUACCAGAUCAGUCUGUACGCCCUGAGGGGCCUGACGCCCAGCGAGCCCAUCACCAUCAUGCAGAAGACAGAGCCAGUUAAAGUGUCAGUGGAAUGUUCCCUUGGAGUGGACGUUCAAGCCGAUGUUGUCCUCCUGGUUGACGGUUCUUACAGCAUCGGCCUGGCUAACUUUGCUAAAGUAAGAGCUUUCCUGGAGGUGCUGGUGAACAGCUUUGACAUUGGGCCAGAUAAGGUCCAGAUCAGCUUGGUCCAAUACAGCAGGGACCCCCACACCGAGUUCUACCUGAACACUCACCAUGACCUGAACGCUGUGGUCAGGGCUGUGAGGACUUUCCCGUACCGCGGCGGGUCCACCAACACCGGCAGGGCCAUGACCUAUGUGAGAGACAAGAUCUUUCAGGUCAACAGAGGGGCGCGCUCCAACGUUCCCCGCGUCACUAUCCUGAUCACUGAUGGGAAGUCGUCCGACGCAUUCCAGGAGCCGGCCACUAGGCUGAGGAAUUCUGACGUGGAGAUCUUUGCGGUGGGCGUUAAGGAUGCUGUACGAUCUGAGCUGGAGGCCAUCGCCAAUACGCCUGCAGACACCCACGUGUAUACUGUUGAGGACUUUGAUGCCUUCGAGAGGAUUUCCAAAGAACUCACACAGUCCAUCUGCCUGAGGAUUGAGCAAGAACAUUAUGUCAUCAGCCAGAGAAGCCUGGUCCAGCCGAGCGCCCUGUCCUUCUCUGAGGUCGGCCCCAAAAGCUUCAGGGUCUCCUGGGAGAUCAAUGCCACCACUGUUGAGUCCUUCUUGGUUCAGUUCAAGCCUGAAGAUGACAGCGAUGGGCAUUACGUGUCCAUGUCUGUGCCCAGACACACACUCACCACCCUCCUCCCCCACCUCACCCCGCUCACCCGCUAUGAAGUCAAAGUUUUUGCUCAGUACCAGAGAGGGAACAGCUUGCCUGUGACUGGCUAUGAGACCACUGUAGAAGAGCAAGGCCCUGUGCAGAACCUAAGAGUAUCCGAAGAGACCACAGUCAGCUUCAGAGUAUCAUGGCAGCCAGCUCCAGGAGCCGUCACUCGCUACCGGUUGACCUACGAGCCUGUUGGGGACGAGAGCUCGAGACUGGAGACGACCACUAUUGGCCCCGAGACAACGAUGGUGUUGCGGGAGCUUCGUCCUCAAACCACCUACCGCGUCACCGUCCUUCCUGAAUACCAGUCUGGCUCCGGAGUGCCACUACAGACAGACGGCACCACCAAAGAAGAGGUGGGCCCACCUAAAGACCUGGUCACCAGCGACGUGACCGACACCAGCUUUGUGGCGUCUUGGACAGCGGCUCCUGGGAACGUGAAGGUCUAUCAGGUCCGAUGGAAGUCGCUGUUCUCUGAGGAGACUGGAGAGAAAAUGGUGCCAGGAGACGUUACCAGCACUGUGCUACAAGAACUGAGUCCGGAGACGCUCUACCAAGUUUCUGUGGUCGCUGCCUACGAUCAUAGAUCAAGCGACCCCCUCACUGGACAGGAAACCACUGACGCCUCUGCCGCUCAUAAAAAGUUGACUGUGUCGGACGAGACCGAACACACCAUGAAAGUCUCGUGGAACCCGGCGCCGGGCAGGGUGAACCACUACCGGCUGAAGUACGUUCCCAUCGGUGGAGGGAGAGAAGUGGUCCUGAAGGUUCCUGGGACGGCCACUUCCACCAUCAUGAAGCGCCUGCAGUCCAUGACCACUUACAACAUCACCGUCCAUCCCAUCUACAAGCGCGGGGAAGGAAAAGCAAGGCAAGGAGUAGGAACGACACUGUCGCCCUUCAAGGCUCCCAGAAACCUUCAGACCUCAGAGCCCACCAAGCACAGUUUCAGAGUCUCCUGGGAUCCAGCACCCGGAGACGUUCGGGGCUACAAAGUGACCUUUCACCCCAUUGGGAAUGAUGUUGACCUGGGGGAACUCCUUGUUGGUCCCUACGAUAGCACAGUUGUUCUAGAGGAACUCAGGGCAGAAACAAAGUACUCGGUCGCUGUGUUUGGGAUGUUUGAUGGAGGGCUGAGUAGGCCUCUGGCAGGGGAGGAGAGGACGACCCUCUCCGACGGUCCCGAGCCGCCUCCUCUCGAUUCUUCUGACACUCAGUGUAAGACCAGCGCGAAGGCCGACAUCGUGCUGCUGGUCGACGGCUCCUGGAGCAUCGGACGCAUCAACUUCAAAACCAUCCGCAACUUCAUCGCUCGCAUGGUCAGCGUGUUUGACAUCAGCCCUGACAAAGUUCAAAUAGGUCUGGCUCAGUACAGUGGAGACCCAAAGACCGAGUGGCACCUGAACGCCCACCCGACCAAGGAGUCCCUGCUGGACGCCAUCGCCAACCUGCCGUACAAAGGAGGCAACACCAUGACAGGUUUGGCUCUGACCUACAUCCUUCAGAACAACUUCAAAGCAAAUGUAGGGAUGCGUCCAGAUGCCCGCAAAAUUGGUGUCCUGAUCACUGACGGCAAGUCCCAGGACGAAAUCAUAGUCAGCUCGCAGUCCCUGAGAGACAGCGGCAUUGAGCUCUACGCAAUCGGUGUGAAGAACGCCGACGAGAACGAGUUGAGGUCCAUCGCCUCAGACCCAGACGAGAUUCACAUGUACAACGUCAACGACUUCCAGUUCCUGCUGGACAUCGUCGAUGACCUCACCGUCAACCUGUGCAACAGCGUCAAGGGUUCAGGAGGUGAAGUGGAGGCACCCACCAACCUGGUGACCUCGGAGGUGACCCACCGCUCCUUCCGUGCCACCUGGACAGCACCCGGCGGACCUGUCAACAGCUAUCGCGUCACCUACGUGGUCGCGGCUGGAGGACCCACCCAGGAGCUGCUGGUUGACGGGUCAGUGACCACCGUCGUGCUGGAAGGCCUGAACCCUCUGACCGAGUACAUCGUCAACGUGUACUCCGUGGCAGGCGAGGAGAGCAGCGAGCCUCUGAAGGGCACUGAGACCACCUUGCCCCUGCCAGCUGUGAAGAACAUGAAUGUUUAUGAUGAGACUUCAACCACCAUGAUGGUGAGAUGGGAGGAGGCGGACGGUGCCACAGGCUACAUGCUUCUGUACAAAUCCAUCAACGCUACUGAUUCUCAGCUGGAGAAGGAGGUGCGCGUUGGAGGAGAUGUAACUAAUGUCCAACUGACACAGCUGAUACCCAACACAGAGUACUCCAUCUCACUUUAUGCCCUGCAUGGAGAAGCUGCUGCAGACCCUCUGGAGGGAAGAGGAGUCACCUUGCCCAGGCCUCCUGCUGGAGUCCUGAGCAUCACUGAUGUGACUCACAGCACCAUGAGGCUGAACUGGGACGCUGCUCCUGGACAAGUCCGCAAGUACAUGAUCACCUACAAACCAGAGGUCGGAGACGUGAAAGAGGUCGAAGUUAACGGGGACAUCACCACCCUGGAUCUGACCAACCUCCUCUCGCAGACUGAGUACGAUGUGGCCGUCACGCCGAUCUACGACGAGGGACCUGGUUCACCGAUGCUUGGAAACGCUAUCACAGAUGUUGUUCCCGCCCCCAAGAACCUGCAGUUCUCUGAGGUGACCCAGACCUCGUUCAGAGCCAGCUGGCAGCACGGAGCCCCGGACGUGGCCCUCUACCGCAUCGGCUGGACCAAGAAGGGGGACAACAACUACCAGUUUGCCAUCCUGGGCAGCGAUGAGACCACCCACGUUCUGCAGAACCUGGACCCUGACACCGAAUACGACGUCACCGUCACGGCCAUCUACCCCGACGAGUCGGAGAGUGAGGACCUGAUGGGCAGUGAGCGUACAUUGUUAAAGGCUCCGGAUGUGCCUCCUGAGCCUCCUCGAAACUUGCGAGUUUUCAACGCCACCACCACCACACUGACGGUGAAGUGGGACGCCGCCCUGCCCGGGCCCGUGCAGAACUACAGGAUCACUUAUAGGCCUGCUGCCGGAGGCGAACCCCUCAUUACGCAGGUUGGAGGGAAGAAGACCAGCGUCAUCCUGCAGAAGCUGAAUCCUGACACUCAGUACUCCGUCGCUGUGGCCGCCGUUUAUCCCACAGGCGUCAGCAAGGACAUCAAUGGCGAUGGACGAACCAAGCCGCUGGGUGGAGUGAGGAACCUGCAGGUGCUGAACCCCACCAUGACCACCCUGAACGUGCGCUGGGAACCCGCCGAGGGCCGAGUGAAGGAGUACAAAGUCAUUUAUGUUCCUGCCGCUGGAGGAGCUGAGAGCAUGGAAACAGUGUCCGCUGGCACGACCAACACGAUCCUGCGAGGCCUGCAGCCCGACACCCUCUACACUGUCUCUGUGGUGCCGGUUUACCCCAGCGGAGACGGAAAGACGAUGUCUGAAAAUGGAAAAACAAGGCCACUGGGCGGAGUAAAGAACCUGCAGGUGACAGACCCCACCAUGACCUCUCUGACUGUGAACUGGGACCCAGCUGACGGAGCUGUUCGCCUCUACAAGGUCUUCUUUGUGCCUGUCGCUGGGGGCCUCGAGGAGAUGGAACAAGUUCCUGCAGGCACCACCUCCAUCAUCCUCAGGAACCUGUUGCCCGACACGCCGUACACAGUGUCAGUCCUACCAGUCUAUCCUGCCAGGGAGGGAAAACGCCAGUCGGAGAACGGCCGGACGCUGCCUCUGAGCGGAGUGGGCAACAUGAGGGUGACCAACCCGACCAUCACCACGCUCACUGUCACCUGGAAUCCUGCUGACGGCAACGUUCAGGGCUACAAGGUCAUCUACGUUCCUGCAGAUGGAGGACUGGAGAUUGUGGAACAAGUGUCGGAGAGCACCACCAACACCGUCCUGGAGAAGCUCCUCCCAGACACCCGCUACAGCGUCACCGUGGUCCCCGUCUACGCAGAGGGAGAUGGACCCAGCCUGUCCGACUCCGGGAAGACAAAGCCGCUGGGUUUCGUGAGGAACCUGCAGGUCACCAAUCCAACCACCAGCACCUUGAACGUCCGCUGGGAUCCGGCAGAGGGAAACGUGCGUGAAUACAUCGUGAUCUGGGUGCCUGCCGCCGGAGGAGAGCAGGAUGUGGACCAAGUGUCUGGAACCACCACCUCCACCGUCCUGAAGAACCUGGAGCCCAACACCGAGUACACCGUCACCGUGGUGCCCGUAUACCAUGAGAUGGAGGGAAAAUCGCAGUCCGCAAAUGGGAAAACAAAUCCUUUGGGUGGAGUGAAGAACUUGCAGGUGAUCGACCCGACCAUCAACACUUUGACGGUUCGUUGGGAUCCAGCGGUGGGCAACGUCCGCAGCUACAAGGUCUUGUACACCGCUGAACCAGGAGGAGAAGAGCGAAUGGAGGAGGUGUCAGGAGGCACCACCACCACCAUCCUGAGGAACUUGGAUCCCGACACCGUCUACAAUGUGGCUGUUGUUCCUGUCUAUCCUGACGUGGAGGGCAUACGCCAGGCUGAGAAGGGAAAGACACAGCCUCUGGGUGGAGUGAAGAAUCUGCAAGUGAUCGAUCCCACCACCAACUCCCUCAGGGUUCGCUGGGAGCCCGCCGAGGGCGACGUCAGGCAGUACCAGAUCAUCUACGUCCCGGCCACCGGAGGAACCGACAGCAUGACUCAGGUUUCUGGAAUGUCGACCAAUACGGUGCUGAGAGACCUGCAGCCGGACACCGAGUACAAAGUAACGCUGGUGCCCCUUUACUCUGACGUGGAGGGGAAACGCAUGUCGGAGAACGGAAAGACAAAGCCUCUGGGCGGAGUGAAGAAUCUGCAGGUCACUGAUCCCACCACCAGCUCCCUCAAGGUGCGCUGGGAGCCGGCGGAGGGCAACGUCCGCCAGUAUCGCAUCUUCUACGUCCCCGCAGCCGGAGGUGCUGAGGAUAUGGAGCAGGUUUCCGGCGGCACCACUAACACCAUACUGAGGAACCUGCUGUCGGACACUCCCUACACCGUGACUGUGGUUCCAGUUUACCCAGAGGGAGAAGGUCUGCGCCAGUCUGACAACGGAAAGACGCUCCCACGCACGCCACCCAAGAACAUCCAGGUGUACAACCCCACCCCCAACAGCCUGAACGUGCGCUGGGAGCCCGCCACAGGCCAGGUUCAGCAGUACCGGGUGGCUUAUUCCUCCCUGACCGGAGUCAGACCCACCGAGUCGGUCCUGGUUCCAGGAAAUAUUAACAAUGCCUUUCUGGACAACCUGAUCCCGGACACUCCCUAUUCAGUCACCGUCUCCGCCCUCUACGCCGACGGAGAAGGAUCGGCAAUCAAGGGCAAGGGCAAAACACUGCCACGUGCUGGUCCCAGGAACAUGCGUGUGUUUGAUGCCACCACCAGCACCCUCACCAUCGGCUGGGACCACGCAGAGGGUCCUGUGAGGCAGUACAGGAUCGCCUAUGCCCCCAUGGCCGGAGACCCCAUCACUGAGUUUACUGUGGUCCCAGGGAACAGAAACAACGCCAUGCUGCAGAAUUUGCUCCCCGACACCCCCUACAACAUCACUGUGGAGGCCAUCUACGCCGAGGGCCCUGGAGGGUCCCUCAGCGGCGUUGGACGGACAGUGGGCCUGCUGAGUCCCAGGAACCUCCGUGUGUCUGAUGAGUGGUACACCCGGUUCAGAGUGGCCUGGGACCCGGUGACAGCUCCGGUCCAGGGAUACAGACUGACCUACUCGCCUGCAGGUGUGACCACGGCCCAGCCCAUAGAUAUCUUUGUGGGCGACGUGACCUCUUACACUGUGCACAGCCUGCAGCCUGGAACCACCUACGAUGUUAAAGUGGUGGCUCAGUACACGGGCGGCACGAGUGCGCCGCUCGCCGGACAGGGAACCACACUGUACCUGAACGUGACCAACAUUGAGACCUACAACGUGGACCACGACAAGUUCUGCAUCAAGUGGACUCCCCACCGGGCGGCCACAUCGUACCGCAUCAAGCUCAACCCUGCGGACCCCUCCAGCAAAGGCCAACAUGAGAUCACCAUCCCCGCCGGGCUGCCUCAGUACUGCUUCGACGGACUUUCCCCUGACGCUCUGUACACGGCCACCGUCUUCGUUCAGACGCCGUAUCUGGAAGGUCCAGGAGUCAGCGCCAAGGAGAGAACAUUGGUGAAGCCAACUCCAGUUCCAACACUCCCACCAACCCCAGCGCCUCCACCCACCAUCCCCCCAGCAUGGGCAGUUUGCAAAGGUGCCAAAGCAGAUGUGGUUUUCCUCAUCGACGGCUCGUGGAGCAUCGGCGAGGAGAGCUUCAGCAAAGUCGUGGACUUUGUCUCCGGCAUGAUCGGCGCCUUCGAUGUCAUUGGACCCUCGGGAAUGCAGGUGUCGUUUGUGCAGUACAGCGAUGACGCCAAGACCGAGUUCAAGCUGAACGCGUAUAAAGACAAAGGCGUCGUCAUGUCCUCCCUUUCUCACAUCCGCUACCGAGGAGGAAACACCAAGACAGGAGUGGCCCUCAAACACACCUACGAGAAGGCCUUCUCUGUUGACAAUGGAAUGAGGAGAAACGUCCCGAAGGUGGUCGUCGCCAUCACUGACGGGCGCUCUCAGGACGAGGUGAAGAAGAAUGCUGCCAAGCUGCAGCAUGCAGGCUACAGCGUUUUCUCCAUCGGUGUUGCCGAUGUGGACUUUGUCGAGUUGCAGGAGAUCGGCAGCAAACCCAGCGAGAGGCACGUCUUCGUUGUGGACGACUUCGAUGCUUUCAGCACCAUCAAAGAAAAUCUGAUCACCUUCAUUUGUGAAACUGCAACCUCAUCCUGCCCCCUGAUUUUCCUGAACGGAUUCACCUCGCCUGGCUUCAGGAUGCUCGAGGCCUUCAACCUGACGGAGAAGACCUACAGCUACGUGAAGGGCGUCUCCAUGGAGCCAGGCUCCUUCAACAGCUACACAGCAUACCGACUCCACAAAAACGCCUUUGUGACUCAGCCCACAACGGAGAUACACCCUGACGGUCUUCCCCACGCCUACACCAUCAUCCUGAUGUUCCGGCUGUUGCCCGACUCGCCCACCGAGGCCUUCGACAUCUGGCAGGUGUCGAGCAAAGACCACAAGCCGGAGACGGGCGUCACUCUCGACCCCUCCAAACAGACCGUGUCCUUCUACAACAAAGACGAGCGCGGUGAGAUCCAGAAGGUCACCUUCGACACCGAUCGAGUCAAGGGGAUCUUCCACGGAAGCUUCCACAAGCUCCAUAUCCUGGUGUCAUCCACCAGCGUCAAACUCAACAUCGAUUGCCAAGAAGUGGCUGAAAUUGAGAUCAAGGCUGCUGGAAACACAUCCAGCGACGGCUACCAGGUUCUGGGCAAGAUGUCCAAGUCCAUCGGCUCCAGAGGAGAAUCGGCAACAUUCCAGCUCCAGAUGUUCGAUAUUGUCUGCAGCCUGGGCUGGACCAGCAGGGACAGAUGUUGUGACCUCCCGUCGAUGAGAGACGAGCUCAAGUGUCCUUCUCUUCCCAACUCCUGCACCUGCACGUCGGAGGGCACCGGGCUGCCGGGGCCUCAGGGGCCAGUGGGCGCUCCUGGCGGCAAAGGUCCCCGAGGUGAGAGAGGAGAGGCCGGCACCGCUGGGCCGAUCGGCCCGCGGGGAGAAGCUGGACCACCGGGGCCCAUGGGUCUGCCUGGCCCUCAGGGACCCAGCGGGCUGUCGAUUCCAGGAGAGGCUGGCCGCCCUGGACCAAAGGGAGACCCCGGAGACUCUGGCUUACCUGGACAGAAAGGUUCACCUGGUCCUCCCGGAGCCGUUGGCCCCAUCGGACCAGCUGGAGUGAGGGGCCCUCAAGGAAAGCAAGGACCGUCUGGACCCAGAGGCCCCGCGGGGCCCAUGGGACCUCCAGGAUCUCCUGGAAUACCAGGUGCUGCAGGAAAACCAGGAAAUCCCGGAGACUCUGGUACUCCUGGUGCUGUUGGUCCAAAAGGAGACAAGGGAGAGAGAGGCGACUUUGCUCCUCAGAACAUGAUGCGAUCUAUUGCCAGACAAGUGUGUGAGCAGCUGGUAAACGCACAAAUGACUCGCGUCAACACGUUACUGAACCAGAUCCCCAACGGCAUGUACCGCAGCAACACCCCGGGCCCUCCGGGGCCUGCCGGCCUUCCCGGCAGCCAGGGACCCCGUGGAGAGCCAGGCCCCGCAGGAAGAAACGGUUUCCCCGGAAGUCCAGGUUUACCCGGGCAGCAGGGAGAGAGAGGUCCCGCAGGAGAGAAGGGCGACCGAGGACCCCCAGGAGUCGGACAGAAAGGGCCGAGAGGACCUGCUGGUCCACCAGGAGAAAGCAGGACAGGAUCUCCAGGCCCUACAGGCUCUGCUGGACCUCGCGGUCCCCCCGGACGUCCAGGAUACGCCGGAGUGCGCGGGCCCCCUGGACCUGCCGGAUACUGUGACUCUUCUCAGUGUGUCGGUAUUCCUUACAACGGGCAAGGAUACGUAGGUUCACCAUAGUAGACUUUCUAUGCCGCCUGUGCUGCUUUCACUGACUUCCUGAAAAACCAAAACUCAAAGUCCUGUAACUGAAACACUUGCUCACCCGCUCUAGAGCUGUUUAAAAGGAUAACCGCCGAAGGAAACCAUUAACAAACUUUGCUGAAAAACACCACAACAACAAAGAGGGAAACUAACAUCGACUCACAGCCAGUAGAACAGAAACCCCACCGGCAGCAGCGGUGAUGGCACCCGCCUCUUUAGUGGCCUGUUUGCAUCUUGAAGCCAAAGACCAAACAAAAGAAACGUUGUGUUCAGAGGAGGAGCAUGCACCAAACAACAACAACAACAAACAACCCAAACAAAUACUAACAGCAGGUGGACAGAGCAACAAGUACCACAGCACCACCAGCAACAGCAGCAGAACAACUCUGUUAACGUGUAAAUAAACUAAUUUGUGCCUUGUAAAUGAUGUCUGAUCAAGUCCACUAAAUUUAGUCUUUAACAUCUGUAGUUUGAAAGCUUGUGCCUUGCAAACAACAACCUGCUGCUUGCUGAAUGCCAACAAAAACGCCUCUUUUUUGAUUUUUUUUAUUUGUUAUUUUCCUGCCCGUGUGUUUGUAGCUGUGUUAAAGUGCUCAGGGCCACACUGAACCACUCCUGCACAUCAGGUGACCUCCGCAGGUGCACAUUUGUCACUUCAUGUACAAGAACAAAGAAUCCAGCUGUUCUCCGCACACCAGCCGUGCUGUAUGUGUACGCUAGGAAAAGGGUUUUUUUGUGUAGAAAUGUUUUGUUGUUUAUUUUAUAAAUGUGCAAGUUGUGGAGAAAUUCUUCAGUGAUGACUAAAAUUGGACUAACGCCUGAACUUCUAACAUCAGCAAAAAGGGAAAAGCACUGAAAUGUUUAGCAGGGGCGCGUUCAAGGGGGCCUUGGGUGACCCAAGCCCCCACACUGACUCGUACCUUCAGUCAUCAUAAUAACCUGCAGUCUGUUGCACCACUAACAGCUUACAGGUGACUUUGCAGUCCCAAAUUAAAUUCUAAUUAGCUUUCACUACUUGACAGUCACUUAAGUCAGGAAUAACUAAAACUCGAAACACUCAGACAUUUGUUGUCUGACUCACGGUUUCAGAUGAAAUCUACUUUGUCGCGUGUGAAAGACAACUUUUACACCCGGUUCUGUUUAGAAAUGUUCGAUGUCCUGAUACGGAGCUUUCGUUCAUCAGCACCACGUAUGGAGUACAGCCAGCAGCUUGCAGGGAGAACUUUAACCACACAGCAGCCAGAAGGUUCAUUACUAUGAAGUUCAAGUUGAUGUGCACUUAGCAGGAACCCAAGACACACGAGUGUGCUCAUGAAAAACAACCUUAAACAACAGAAAAACACAAGUACAGAGAAGAUGUCUAUUAAGGAUGAUUAGCUUCCCAUCGUUCCACCAUGAAAACAACCUUGAAAAGGUGUGAAUCUUCAGUGUUAUCUACACUCCACUGAUGAGCUGUUUGAGCCAUAAAAUGAAAAACAACAAAGCCUGACAGCAGAGAAGGUGAAACCACAUGACAUUUUUUGCAUUAAAAAAAACAAUAAUUAUUAUCAACAUGAAUUUUCCUUUGAUCAGCUGAGCUCUGGUUGCUGGUGCAGCAGCAUGCUGGUUAAAAGUGAACAUGCAGAAACAUUAACGAGCCACCGCUAACUGAGUGCAUGAGCAUGAAACUAACUUAGCCGAGCUAAUGCUGUUAGCUUAUCUCCAAAACACAAACUGCCCUUCCUGUUUUAGCAGAUGUUCACAAACUAGAGGGUGAAAAAUGGGAAUAAACUCCCACAGCCCCCCCGGUCCCCCCGUGGACACGUCCCUGCUGCUAACACACCAUCUGUGUCAGUGCUUUAGCUAGCAGUCAGAAUCAGAAACGUUCUUUUUGUGCAUGUUGAGACAAACUGUCAACUUACGCUCAAUUGGCCCAAACGCUAUCUCCGAGCAGGCCAAUACCCGCCCGAACCCGGCACCCGAGUCGCCCCGGCACCCGAGGAGGAUGAUGUGUCGCAAAACCAGCGCCGAAAGAGAUCGCUAUCAAGAAAGGCCUCAUAAAACAAGCCAUAUCCUCUUUGUCCUUUUGUUCCCUCUUCAGCCUGUGUUUGUUGUUGGAUUUAUGCACAUUAAACACAAACAAAAUGGGG